AUUUUGUUUUCUUUGGGUUUCUCCAGAGUUUUUUAAUAUUUUCCUGUACUAUGCUAGGGACUUUUUCAGAUCCCAUCUUGAUUAUAAAAGCAAAGGGCAAACCUUAAUAAAUCCCUUUGACUUCUAUAUUCAUAUCCACAGUACAACAUUCUUCAGUGCCUUCAGUCAGGUUAUUCAACGGGCCCGUAUCUUGGUUCCUCCAUCUCAGACACUGAGAUGAGGAAGGUCCUGAGGCUUCUGCACUUUUUACAACUAAUGUGAAAAUGGGCUUCACAGACUGGCUUUCAUUCCAUAUUUUUUCAUGCUGAUCUUAAUUUCCAGUUAUUUGCAGGCAGAGGUAUUUUGGGUACAGAGUGAAGCAUAAAGCAAAGGCUGCAUUCCUAUUCAGACUUAAUAAGAGAGAAAAAAAUGUUUUGUGCCUCUUCCUGUCUGUCAGAAAAAAAAAUAACAAAACUGCAUAAAAGAAAACAUGCAUAAAAGAAAACAGUUGGGAAAUGAGCAUUACUGGAUAAAUAAAUUCAGAAGAAGAAGAAAAGAAAAUAAACCCUUUUUGUGCAAGUAAUGUAAACUGGGUUAUUUUUCCCUCAUUUUUUAUAUCUGCUGAAACCAGCCCUGAUGCAAUACAUUGAAAACCUCCCUGUUUUUCUCAGCCCAUAGAUAAAAUGUGCCUUCAGUGGUGACUUGCAACAGGAACCUCAUCUGUUGCAAACACUUUGAGCCUUCCUUAUUUCUCAGAGAGGAAGUAUGUGGCCUGUUUGGCAAAUGCUGCUCUACAUGACAGCGUGAACUUCACAACACUCUCAUUCCACCGGCUGCUCCUCGACUUGAUCAGCUAAACCUUGCUGGCAGCGUGAGAGCAGUACUAUGACUACGGCUUUUCUCAGAAAUACUGCAACCUGGAAUGCCAUGCCUAGCAUUUAAAGUUCCGAAGAACAUUGACGGAAUUAGUGAGCACAAUGGGAAACACUGUGAAAACUCCAAGAGCAUCUGAGGAAACAAACACGCCGAGCGAAACGGGUCAGGAGAGUGACUUCCUUGCUGUUCUCGAUGACUAUCCUUCAGCAGACAUAAGCCAACCUAUAUUUCAUGUAGGGGAAAAACUACGUGUGCUAUCAGAUGAAGGAGGCUGGUGGAGAGUCCAUUCCCUCACAACAGGUCGAGAAAAUUAUAUUCCAGGAAAAUAUGUAGCAAAGGUUUAUCAUGGCUGGUUAUUUGAAGGGCUGGGAAGAGAAAAAGCAGAGGAACUUCUACAGCUGCCCAACACCAAGGUCGGCUCCUUCAUGAUCAGAGAGAGUGAAACUAGGAAAGGCUUAUAUUCCUUGUCAGUGAGGCACAGGCAAGUGAAACAUUACAGGAUCUUCCGCCUCCCCAAUAACUGGUAUUACAUCUCUCCACGACAAACCUUCCAGUGCCUUGAAGACCUAGUCAAUCACUACUCAGAAGUUGCUGAUGGUCUCUGCUGUGUCCUUACAACACCCUGUCUCACCCAGUGCACUAACAACAACACCGUGAUGAAUCCAGUUCCUCCUGUGGUGAUGCGGAAUAAAAAUUUCAACUGGAGAAACAUUCACAGGCUGGAGGUGACUGAAGAUACCAAAAGCACCCUGGCAGCAAUGGAUGACUCUUGCCUCAGCUAUGGCCUGAGGGAAAGCAUCGCUUCCUACCUCUCCCUAACUGAGGAUGACAACGCUUCUUUUGCAAGUGCCAGAAAGAAGAAAACCCAGUCUCUUAUAUACACAGGGAACAAACGUAAGAGUGACCUUCACUUGCCACCUACAUACUGUGACAACUAAAUACAAGACAAACAGGAAAGCUCCAAAAACUGACGAGUUAGGAGAGAAACCAGAGCAUCCUGUGGUCCUGCCAUCCUUCAACAGCUGGGAAAUGCAAUCUGCUAAGCUGGUGACCAAACACCAGCAGUGCUUCUGCAUUUCCUCUUCUGAAGAUCUUCUCAAGAGUGCUAUCCCAGUCAUGGCAUAUGCUGGGAAUGUCCCCAGUGCACCAGAACUGGUUCACAAGCAGGAUAAACUGAAAUAAACUCUAAAUCAAAAGCCAAGUGGUGCAGGUGACUCUUCAGCAGGGGCGAUGCCCAGCAUUGUACAGAGGUGACUGCAUAGGGAAGAACUAACUGCAGCUCAAGAACUUAAAUUAAGUCUUACUCUGGUGCUCUCCACAAGGCUGAAAACCUUCUUUGCAGAACCUAUGUACACUGAAAAAAAGGAGCAUUUUUCUUCUCAAGAUAGACUUAUCCAUUGUCAUCGAGUGUGGGACAGAGAGACAUCAAUAACCCCAAGAAAGUACCUAACAUCUGGCAUCCAAGAAAUGCCUGAUUAUAGUGACUCCAUACUUAUCUUUUAGGAGAAAAAAAUUAAAAUUACUGACUUUAUAAGAAGCAUUUAAUUAACUUGCUGGCAACGGCCUGCAGUGUUAUAAAAUGGUCACAAAAUUAACAACAGCCUUAAUUCGCUGAUAAAGGCAGUUCCUACCUAUACCUGAGAUGAGAGCUCAGGCAUAUCCAAACAUAACUCAGCUGCUCAUAGCAAAGCAGAUAAACAGAGAACAAACGGGGGGUUAAUUGAAAACUAAGAUGUGAUGAUGUUGUGCCUAACUGCAAAGGUUGGCUGGCAAAGGUGUGACCUUUUAUGUGUACAGGGAGAUAUUUUAACUUUGACUUCUGAAGUCAGCCACAUAUUUAUGUAUAAUAUUUAUAUUAAUAGCAGCUUUUAAAGUAAUUAAACUAAGGGAAAAAAUCAGUAACAGUGGACGUUAGAUUUUUUUUUCUAAUUUCUUGUCUGAUGAGACUUAUGUCAAAUAGCAACUACACUUUCCAUCAAAUCACUUAAGGAUUAGAGGGUUUUCUGAAAUUUUUUUUUUACAGGUAUGUACCAUUUUCUAAGUGAUAAAAGUGCAAGUAGCAUUUUCCUUUGAACUUGCUUGUGAUUGCUUUCUAAACCAAGCAAUCACUCUUGUUUGAGUGUGUAAAAUGCUGCAACCUAUGCUCUCAAGCUGAGAUAGUUACAAUCCAAGAUUCUCCUGUACCUUUUUGCACAGAUUUGAAUGAUGGUUUGGAGAAAUAGAGAAUUGGAGAGAUUGUAUACAUACACAUAACACAUACAUAUAUAUAUUUAAUCUCUAAACAGCUCUUAGGACAAAUGUAUGUGCUCUUUAGAUCUUGUAUCAGGUCUUUGCACUAGCAAGAAAGGUUCAGAGAUCAAAUAUUUCAUAUCCUGUUUAAACAUAUUUUGGGACUUAAAGGAUGAAUAUAAUUUGGCUGGUAAACACUGAAUUCCAAAAAGCAAAACAGACUCAGGAACUCUAGGCAUUUGUACAAUCUAAUUACUGUUACUGAUAAUCAAUACAUUAUGGUGACUGUAUUUUAUCCAUAAAAUGUAUAUGGGGAGCAUUUCAGAUUUCUAAGUCAUGACUUGUAUUUAUUCAUUAAAAUAAUAUUCAGUA